GCUGCCGCUAGAACUCAGAGCGAGAUCGACCCGAGCUAAAGUCUAGCUUUUACCUCCAGAAGCGAGGAGACGCCGACAAGAGAUCAACUCGAUCAAGGAAAAAAAGGAAGACUUACUCAGCUGAAAGAAGAAACUUUUUAUGCCAUCCAAGAUGCCCGCCAUGAAGAAAGUGACAUUGCUGCCUUUUGUGUGCGCCCUGAUCUGGACCCUGGCUGCCGGUCAGGAGUGCGGCGGCUCGUGCUCGUGCCCCUCCACGCCCCCCGAGUGCGCCCCCGGCGUGAGCCUGGUGCCCGACGGCUGCGGCUGCUGCCGGGUGUGCGCCAAGCAGAUGGGAGAGCUGUGCACCGAGAGGGACGCCUGCGACACCCACAAGGGCCUCUACUGCGACUUUGGCUCGCCCAUCAAUCGACGCAUCGGAGUGUGCACAGCACGAGAGGGCGCCACCUGCGUGUUUGGAGGAAUGGUGUAUAGAAGCGGCGAGAGCUUCCAGAGCAGCUGCAAGUACCAGUGCACCUGCCUGGACGGGGCAGUGGGCUGCGUGCCCCUGUGCGCCAUGAACGUGCGCCUGCCCAGCCCCGACUGCCCGGCGCCCAGACGCGUCAAGGUGCCCGGCAAGUGUUGCGAGGAGUGGGUGUGCGAUGCCCCGCAGCGCGCAAACACCUUCAUGGGCUCCGUCUUACCCGCUUACCGCGAAGAGGAGACCUACGGUCCCGAUCUGUCCACGAUGAGGGAGAACUGCUUGGUUCAGACCACCGAAUGGAGCGCCUGCUCCAAGACCUGCGGCUUGGGCGUCUCCACCCGUGUCACCAACGACAAUCGCGAGUGCCGCCUGGAGAAGCAAAGCCGCUUGUGUAUGGUGCGCCCCUGCGAGUCCCAUCUGGAGCAGAGCAUCCGGAAAGGGAAAAAGUGCAUCCGCACACCUCGCCUGUCCAAGCCCAUGAAGUUUGAGAUCUCGGGCUGCACCACCACCAAGUCGUACCGCCCCAAGUUCUGCGGCGUGUGCCUGGACGGCCGCUGCUGCACCCCCCACCGAACCACCACGCUGCCCAUGGAGUUCAAGUGCCCUGACGGGCAGGUCAUGAAGAAGCACAUGAUGUUCAUCAAAUCGUGCGCCUGCCACCACAACUGCCCCGGUGAGAACGACAUCUUUGAGUCCGUCUACUACAAGAAGAUGAUGGGCGACAUGGCGUGAGGGAGGCCCGGCCGGGAAAGGGCCCACGCCCGCUUUGUCACUUGAAAACAGAACUCAUCUCGCAGCUCUCUUCGUAUAUACACAAGCCUUGUUUUUGUGCUUGCUUUGUCAGAGUAGCCACGCCCACUUUUAGUGUCGCGUGUAUUUGUCCGUGCAGCUUGGUGCACUUUGCUGUCCCUGGGAGAGAUUCCUGCACUAGUAAUAAUGUGGACAACACGCUCCGUCCAUUUUUUUUUUUUGUCUUGACCUCCCCUCUCAAUGAGGCGGGUAAUGACUCCCCCGCCCAGACGGGUGAAUGGAGCCCACCACAGCCGGGCCACUGUUCCCUUUCGUGCGUGUGUUUGUGUGAAUGUGUGUGUGUUAGCACAGGCCUCAACGUGGGCCCUGUCCAAAGGUCAGCGUUUCCGUCCGGACGCAAGUGGGCGUGAGUGACCACGGCACUGAGAAAGAUUACUAGACUGGAAGAAUUGUUAGUUCAUUCCAAGCAGAAACGUGUAAAUGGUGUAUAUAUUUGUACAGUGUAAGUUAAUUUAAAAGCUGUGUUUGUUGUGUGCUUUUUCCAAAAUGUAUCAAUAGUGGGUUUUUUGUUUGGACGACAGUAUUUUUUAAUAUUUUAUUGAGCAAUGUGACAAAUUGUUACAUGUUUCGCUUUGUAGCUGGAAAUAAAAAGGUUAUAUUUUUUAUACAAA